CUCCUCAUCCAUCAGUUUGUUCUCUGUCCCUGUCAACUAUAUCUCAUACAAAAAACAUCAUGGCUCUCAAAAAUGUGUUUCUUCUUUUGGUCCUUGUCUGCCUCUUGGCUAGCGCAACUGCUGCAAGGGACCUAUCCAGCAAGAGCAAGCCAGGCCAUAACCUUGCAGCAAGGCUUGAGGCUAGUGGAGGCCUUGUUGAGUGCUGGAAUGCACUAAAUGAGCUGAAAUCAUGCACUAAUGAGAUAGUUCUUUUCUUUAUUAAUGGCCAAACUGAUAUCGGCCCUGACUGUUGCCGUGCCAUUGAGGUUAUUACUCGUAACUGCUGGCCUGCCAUGCUCACUUCCCUUGGUUUCACAUCUGAGGAGGGCAACAUCCUCAGAGGCUACUGUGAUGCAUCUUCUGGCCCAGCUGCUGCUGCUCCGCUCGCUGGCUAUCCAGUUAGUGCCGAGGUCUUCGUUUAAAGAAGGCAGUAUUUAGGAUGUUCGAUUUGGUUUUUAUUUUCUUUUGUGUUUUGCUUUUCGCAUUAUCACUAAGUUUUAUGGUGUUUGCUGUGUGGUAAACUUGAUUGAAUAAAUGGAAUCAAUAAAGGAGUUGAUGCUUAUUUCAAAAUA